GACGCAAGCAAGGGCAUCAUGUUGCGGUUUCCCGGCGAGGAAAGAGAUGGGGCGCCUCUUUGGCUGGCUCCGCAACGUCGACAAGCCGACGACGCAAUGUUUUUAAUUGUGCAUGCCUCCUCCUUAGGUAGGCCCCCGCCCCGCUCGUCCACCUCCGGCAAACGAUAUAAAUGAUAGCUGCUCCGUGCGGAGAUUUGCGGCUGACUGAGAUUUUUGCUCGUUGCUCUGCGAUCUUCUGUCAGACGGUGCUCCAGGUUUAGAUUUUCGCCAUUCACGAGAGGAGGAGCAGCAGCUACGAAGCCUCACUCACCACCAAAAGAAAGAAACCAGGUAUUCUAAUGCCUCAAGAAAGCAUAGGACAAUCGUAAUCUGAUAUUCAAAGAUUCCACUGGUUCUGGCCGCGUUUGUUUAGCAAGAAACUUUGUGAAGUCCGUUAUUUCUUGCCAUCCCCAGAAAUGGUCGAAGAGGGCUGGAACAGAGGAAGGGACGGCACGGGUUGCGAAGCCCCAGGAAAUCACCGCCUCUGCGCCAACAAUUGUGGGUUCUUCGGCAGACUCGCUACGAUGAACCUCUGCUCUAAGUGCUACAGAGGCUUGCAACUGAAGGGAGCCCAGGAGUCAUUGCUAAAAUCCUCUUUGGAGAAGCCGCUCAGCGUCGUGGGAGAAUCCGCUGCAGCUGCCGUCGAAUCAAAAGAUGCCGCUCCGUCUUUUGAGACUGCUGUCACCUUCGUUUCCUCGUCUUCCUCCUCUCUGACCGUUCACCCCACGUCUGCUUUGCGGGAAUCCGGCAAGUCGCACCGCUGCUCGAGCUGCAAGAAGCGGGUGGGACUCAUUGAGUUCAAGUGCAGAUGCGGAAGCACGUUCUGCGCGUCGCACCGUCUGCCCGAGAAGCACGCCUGCGAUUUCAACUACAAGGGCGCCGGUCGAGAAGCCAUCGCAAAGGCGAACCCUGUCAUCCGAGCGCCGAAGUUGGAGAAGAUUUGAACGGUCUGGAAGAGCAGAAAGAAAGCAACAAAAACGAAGAGGUUGCUGGGAUUCAUCUCGUAAUUCCUCAUUUUCUUUUUGUUUGUUGUUUUCUUUAUCAUAGUGGUCUUAGGGAUUUUCACCUCUUCCAUGGUGCGUUUCUUACUGUGGCCCAAGCUGCCAGUCAGGAAGGGUUUCCUUGUUGCGUUGCCAGUUUCUUUGUGGUACCGGCCUUCUUCCUUUUCGAAGGAACUGAAGAGAGUUUUUGGGAAAAAAAAGCAAAAAAGAACGCCAGAAGACGAAUAGAAAGGAACAUGGGGUGGUGUGGGGAGAGAAUGAUACUUGUGAAUGAUGAUGGCAUUUUUCAGGAAUAAGGUUAUCUUGUCUGUUACAUGUCGUAUCAUUCGUUGAGUAGAUUGAUUUCUGUGCUCCUUA